CGUACACCACACUACCUACUACUACUACUACUACUACUACUACUACUACUACUACUACUACUACUACUACUACUACUACUACUACUACUACUACUACUACUACUACUACUACUACUACUACUACUACUACUACUACUACUACUACUACUACUACUACUACUACUACUACUACUACUACUACUACUACUACUACUACUACUACUACUACUACUACUACUACUACUACUACUACUACUACUACUACUACUACUACUACUACUACUACUACUACUACUACUACUACUACUACUACUACUACUACUACUACUACUACUACUACUACUACUACUACUACUACUACUACUACUACUACUACUACUACUACUACUACUACUACUACUACUACUACUACUACUACUACUACUACUACUACUACUACUACUACUACUACUACUACUACUACUACUACUACUACUACUACUACUACUACUACUACUACUACUACUACUACUACUACUACUACUACUACUACUACUACUACUACUACUACUACUACUACUACUACUACUACUACUACUACUACUACUACUACUACUACUACUACUACUACUACUACUACUACUACUACUACUACUACUACUACUACUACUACUACUACUACUACUACUACUACUACUACUACUACUACUACUACUACUACUACUACUACUACUACUACUACUACUACUACUACUACUACUACUACUACUACUACUACUACUACUACUACUACUACUACUACUACUACUACUACUACUACUACUACUACUACUACUACUACUACUACUACUACUACUACUACUACUACUACUACUACUACUACUACUACUACUACUACUACUACUACUACUACUACUACUACUACUACUACUACUACUACUACUACUACUACUACUACUACUACUACUACUACUACUACUACUACUACUACUACUACUACUACUACUACUACUACUACUACUACUACUACUACUACUACUACUACUACUACUACUACUACUACUACUACUACUACUACUACUACUACUACUACUACUACUACUACUACUACUACUACUACUACUACUACUACUACUACUACUACUACUACUACUACUACUACUACUACUACUACUACUACUACUACUACUACUACUACUACUACUACUACUACUACUACUACUACUACUACUACUACUACUACUACUACUACUACUACUACUACUACUACUACUACUACUACUACUACUACUACUACUACUACUACUACUACUACUACUACUACUACUACUACUACUACUACUACUACUACUACUACUACUACUACUACUACUACUACUACUACUACUACUACUACUACUACUACUACUACUACUACUACUACUACUACUACUACUACUACUACUACUACUACUACUACUACUACUACUACUACUACUACUACUACUACUACUACUACUACUACUACUACUACUACUACUACUACUACUACUACUACUACUACUACUACUACUACUACUACUACUACUACUACUACUACUACUACUACUACUACUACUACUACUACUACUACUACUACUACUACUACUACUACUACUACUACUACUACUACUACUACUACUACUACUACUACUACUACUACUACUACUACUACUACUACUACUACUACUACUACUACUACUACUACUACUACUACUACUACUACUACUACUACUACUACUACUACUACUACUACUACUACUACUACUACUACUACUACUACUACUACUACUACUACUACUACUACUACUACUACUACUACUACUACUACUACUACUACUACUACUACUACUACUACUACUACUACUACUACUACUACUACUACUACUACUACUACUACUACUACUACUACUACUACUACUACUACUACUACUACUACUACUACUACUACUACUACUACUACUACUACUACUACUACUACUACUACUACUACUACUACUACUACUACUACUACUACUACUACUACUACUACUACUACUACUACUACUACUACUACUACUACUACUACUACUACUACUACUACUACUACUACUACUACUACUACUACUACUACUACUACUACUACUACUACUACUACUACUACUACUACUACUACUACUACUACUACUACUACUACUACUACUACUACUACUACUACUACUACUACUACUACUACUACUACUACUACUACUACUACUACUACUACUACUACUACUACUACUACUACUACUACUACUACUACUACUACUACUACUACUACUACUACUACUACUACUACUACUACUACUACUACUACUACUACUACUACUACUACUACUACUACUACUACUACUACUACUACUACUACUACUACUACUACUACUACUACUACUACUACUACUACUACUACUACUACUACUACUACUACUACUACUACUACUACUACUACUACUACUACUACUACUACUACUACUACUACUACUACUACUACUACUACUACUACUACUACUACUACUACUACUACUACUACUACUACUACUACUACUACUACUACUACUACUACUACUACUACUACUACUACUACUACUACUACUACUACUACUACUACUACUACUACUACUACUACUACUACUACUACUACUACUACUACUACUACUACUACUACUACUACUACUACUACUACUACUACUACUACUACUACUACUACUACUACUACUACUACUACUACUACUACUACUACUACUACUACUACUACUACUACUACUACUACUACUACUACUACUACUACUACUACUACUACUACUACUACUACUACUACUACUACUACUACUACUACUACUACUACUACUACUACUACUACUACUACUACUACUACUACUACUACUACUACUACUACUACUACUACUACUACUACUACUACUACUACUACUACUACUACUACUACUACUACUACUACUACUACUACUACUACUACUACUACUACUACUACUACUACUACUACUACUACUACUACUACUACUACUACUACUACUACUACUACUACUACUACUACUACUACUACUACUACUACUACUACUACUACUACUACUACUACUACUACUACUACUACUACUACUACUACUACUACUACUACUACUACUACUACUACUACUACUACUACUACUACUACUACUACUACUACUACUACUACUACUACUACUACUACUACUACUACUACUACUACUACUACUACUACUACUACUACUACUACUACUACUACUACUACUACUACUACUACUACUACUACUACUACUACUACUACUACUACUACUACUACUACUACUACUACUACUACUACUACUACUACUACUACUACUACUACUACUACUACUACUACUACUACUACUACUACUACUACUACUACUACUACUACUACUACUACUACUACUACUACUACUACUACUACUACUACUACUACUACUACUACUACUACUACUACUACUACUACUACUACUACUACUACUACUACUACUACUACUACUACUACUACUACUACUACUACUACUACUACUACUACUACUACUACUACUACUACUACUACUACUACUACUACUACUACUACUACUACUACUACUACUACUACUACUACUACUACUACUACUACUACUACUACUACUACUACUACUACUACUACUACUACUACUACUACUACUACUACUACUACUACUACUACUACUACUACUACUACUACUACUACUACUACUACUACUACUACUACUACUACUACUACUACUACUACUACUACUACUACUACUACUACUACUACUACUACUACUACUACUACUACUACUACUACUACUACUACUACUACUACUACUACUACUACUACUACUACUACUACUACUACUACUACUACUACUACUACUACUACUACUACUACUACUACUACUACUACUACUACUACUAAAUUAUUCUGA